AUGAGUAGGAUAUUUUAUAGUCAUCGGGAGACAAAGCUCAAUGCAUUGAAGAGUUUGUAGUCUAAUCUUUGGGCACCUACUGGUAGGUGUAACACCACUGUAACAGUACAGAGAUAUGAAACCUGGUGUGGGGAGGAGUCUUACUGAAAAGCAGAAGAGCCAGCUGCCAGGAACAACUUGGCAAAAGCAGUGUGUGUACAUCCUGAUCCAUUCACAAACAGGAGAGGAUCAACCAGCUGCCCACGCGUGGAAAUACCUGAACCUCCAUCUCUUUCACCUUUUGGAUCUAUGUGUCUGGUUGCUCUCUUCCAGCCUUUGACCCCCAUCAUGGCCUCUACUCUAAAAGUCACCUUCCUGUUUCUUUGGUUGCUUCAGUGUGGAGGGGCAAGCGUCAAUGUACAGCAGAAGCCUCCAAUCCAAGUUGCACUGCUUGAGGAAGGAAUAUCCAUCCCCUGUACAGUCAUCUUCCCUUAUAUGCCGAAAUACACCACAUUUUCAAUCUUCUAUUACUGGAUUAAUUCACUGGGCCAGAAAACAUCCAUUUACAGUAAGUUGGAAAGUGUAACCAUCCCUCCUGGAGAAGAGAAUAAGACUGCUACUGUAUCUUACAAACACAUAAUCAGGCCCCUUGAAAACAUCUCUUCUACUGGCACAUACUACUGUGACGUCAAAUGGAAUAACAUUCACAAGAUGGGAAAGGGAGUGUUUGUCCUUGCUAGAGGUACAGGGUAUGUAGAGACCUCUUAUGGGUGGGAAGUCCUCAUUACCUUUACAGUUCUUCUUGCUGCAUUGAGCAUAGCUGCAACAUCCCUGCUUCUGUGGAAAAGAAAGGUGUUGUGCCCUAAAAGGAACCAGCUAAAUAUCCUGAGAUGGAAGGUGGAAACCCAACCCCCUUCAGCCGUCCCACUACCACCAUCUCCUGUCUAUGAUUGCCUGGAUUUGCAGCAAGUUGAUGUCUAUUCUAUCCUCAAGGACAAUGCAAACAACCUGUCACCCAGAAAGAGUCCUCCAGGGAAGACACCUAAGAAGCAAGCAACUCUAGAAGAAUCCUGUGAUACACUAUAUGAGAAUAUCUAACAGGAAUAAAUCUCACCCUGUGUGGACCAGACAUCUUUCUGUACUGCAGAACUACUCUCUUACAUCCCCAGUUCUCUGCAGAGAUCCACAAUGGCUUCAGGGCACAACCGUGAGGGACUUGUGACCCCCCUGGCUCCUUCUAAACUGCCCGUCAUUAACAAGAGAAUGCAUCUGUUCAAAUCCCACUGGGCUCAGUCUGCACUGAUGCAGCAGAGCUAUUUUGCAGCAAAGCCGUUUGAUGCAAAAGCAAAGCUGCUUUUGUCAAGCACUCACAACAUGUAUCUUAGAAAUGGUGCAGAUGGGAUCUGUGCAGAUUUCUCUCACCUGGAAUUGCUGAAAUACUUAAAUCUCGAUCCUCUGUAAAUGAUGGGACAAUCCAGAGACCUCCCUGCUUGCUGUCUUGAUCUUCCAAUCCUGACCUGUAGCAGUCCAUCUGAUCCUGUGUCUACGACUUUCCUGACACGGUCAUCAGGGCUUCAUGCAUAGUUUAACCAAGAUCCAAGCAUCCACCUGCCCAUUUUUCCUUUCUGAGGAACCCCACAGUGAAACAUGCUUUCUCAUAAUCUGCUAAUCCCAUGAAGUAGUCACAGAUGCCUGCUGUGACCAUACUCAGCCGACUCAAAUCAGUGCCUCCGAGUAAAUGCUUUUGCUUCAGCAAUAACAGCAGUAUACGAUGAGGACUGGAUGCACAGACAGAGAUAAAGACGGAGAAUGGGAAAAUAGAGAAAAUAACCCUGCCUGGCAGAAAAUACCCCUGUCUCAGUGGCAAUGCCCUUUCCAGAACAAGGAAGAGAAACAAGGAGGUGGGAAUCUGCAGAAACUCCCUUGCUGGCGCUGCAUAAGCCAAGCGGGUCUGGGGCCAGGUUUCAGCCCAGAGAUAUUCAAGUCAAGCUCCCCAGUUUCCUUCUUUUUGGCAAUGGGCGUUGUUAUCACUUGGGAUUUUGAGCCUCUCCGGGAACAGGCAUGGUACCUCUGCCCCACCAAAGGCAAUAGGUUUGUCCUUGUUUCAGCUGGCCAGUAUUUCCCAAGGGUAUAAGUCUCCUUUACCCUGACCCCAUAGGUUAUUUGCACAGGCAGACCUGUUCUGAAACUUAGAGCAACUGGAGGGAGGCUCUAGAGGGGAAUCUUCUAUCCAAGCUUUUCUCUUUCGGGUCAGCUGGAACUUGCCUACAAUUUGUGCUUAUGCAUAUUCUAGUUCUGAUAGGGAAGAGGUUACGUGAAAUAUCCAUAUAACACGAUCAAACCAGUGGAUCAAAAGCUGAGGCUGUUUCAUCUCAGAUUAAAAAAAAACAACAACAGAAAAACAACCAAACAAAGCCAACCCAAAAUAAGAAUAUGCAGCAUAACUUGAGAGGAAUCACAGAAACCUCUUUAAAGAAGAUCAAAUUAAAAUUGAGCUCCAGGGUCAUAGGACCCUCUCUAGUUGAAGAUAAUGUUGCUAUGCAUCAGAGAUAGAGGCUAUGGAAAAUGUCUCCGGGGCCUCCAGCCUUCCUAUACUAUGUUUAAAGAGAUAAUCCGCUUAUUGCUUUGCUCUUUUUAUUAGAAGAGAUUUCAAACAUGCAAUUUGGACUUUUUUUAACCACAGGAAAACACUUUUUCUCUUCCCAGUGUUGAGGAAUUCAUUUCAGAAAGAGCAAUGAACAGACAGUGUGGCUUAUUAGACCCAUUUUCCAUUUGUUAAGUGAUCAUGACAAUUACAAAUAAAUAUUUUUGAAGUAAGGAAUUUUAGUGUUUCCUAAUACGACCAGAAAACAUCCAUAUUCACAGAAGAACUUCAAGAGGAUUGUACAGGUACUACAAUUCCUUUCCUUAACAAAUUUGAAGAAAUGAUGAGAUGAAUUAUAAAUAUGUUGCAGCAUGGCAAUAAAAUAUUCAGCAGAAGCUGGUGGAAAAUAGAUAAAAAGUGAAAACUUUCAAAACAAUCCUGCUUGGUUUUUGUGUUUUGCUUUUUCAGUUUUACAAAUGCUAAAAAUACUGGGUGGUACUGGAAAUUUCCUGGCAAGGAUCUCACUUUGCAAUGAAUUGAUUUGUCUUGUCUUUCUGUUUUUAAAUAGCGUGUUUCUUACACUUAUGCCUGAAAAAUUCUAUAUAUUAAGUAGCUGAAGCUGUUUAAAAUGAAACAUGAGAGGAAGAAUGGUAUUUGGAACAGAAAAGACUAUUCUGGAAGAGUCAGAGCUAAAGUACUGGAAGAAUCACACCAGGUUCUGAUCAAUUAAGUGGAAAAGUAAAAAUCUCCAAGAGACACUGAGGAUUUGGGCUGUGCUCCAAAGCUUGCCAAGGUCGGUGGGAGUCGGUGUGUUGAUUUCAAAUGGGCUCUGGAUUGGCCCUGUGAGGUUAAAAGGCUGUUGCACAAGAAAAAGGAAGUUCUGAAGCUAUGCAGCCACAAGCUAAUACCAUUUCUUUAGCACUGUGUGCACUGGCAGCCACAGUUGCAUUGGAAUGUGUGACAGAGAAAGGUAUAAAGAGGGAUGCGUUUAAGUAUGCAGUUUUCCAAGGAGGUAUGAGGAAAUGCCUUCAGGCACAGGCAGGAGAGAUUAGGAAAUAUAAUUCAUAUAAUAUUGGUAUAGCUACUUUGUAGCAGAGAUUUGUUCAGGAAAAAGGCAGCCAUUUGGUCUCUUUGUCUUACCUGGCUCUAUGGUCCAUGAGAACAGACACAGAAAAUGAGUAUUACUAACAGGAGGAAAGGAGUUAAUUUUUAAGUGUUGAGCAAUUGAACAAGAAAAAAAAAGGAUGGGCUCCCCCAGCUCCCCAAAGGUGAGAGGUGAUGACUAGCUUGUUGUGUUCGCUCUGCAUGUUUUGCUUUAAAGUAAAUAUUGAGU